GGGCUUUCCUCUCUUCACCAGGACUGGGUUGAGUUGUUUAUUGUUUAUCCACUGCGUUGGAACCAUAAUACACUUUACUCGAUAAAAUAAAGAGUUUAACAGAGUAAAAUUCCAGUUAAAGAAUUAGAUUUUAGUUUUAUAUGGGCGUGGAGGCGCCGAGUGCUCAAUACUGAUGUCAUAUCUCCUACAUGCCAUACGCCAUCUCGUUGAAAUCGAAACCAUGGCCACAUCGAAGAAAGUUAUAACUAGGGAAGAAUGGGAGAAGAGACUCGACAAUGUAAAAUUAAGAAAAGAGGAUAUGAAUAAAUUGGUGAUGAAUUUUCUGGUCACUGAGGGAUACGUGGAAGCUGCAGAAAAAUUCAGAUUGGAAUCUGGGACAGAGCCUGACAUAGACCUUGCCACUAUAACGGAUCGCAUGGCAGUUAAGAAGGCAGUACAGUGUGGUAACAUGGAGGAUGCCAUUGAAAAAGUUAAUGAUUUGAAUCCCGAGAUCUUGGAUACAAAUCCACAACUCUUUUUCCAUCUCCAACAGCAAAGGUUGAUAGAAUUAAUUCGGAACGGAAAGGUAGAAGAGGCUUUGGAGUUCGCUCAAGAGGAACUUGCUCCACGGGGAGAGGAAAAUCAAAGCUUUUUAGAAGAAUUGGAGAGGACAGUUGCAUUGCUUGCUUUUGAAGACGUCUCCAACUGCCCUGUCGGCGAGUUGUUAGACAUAUCACAGCGCCUUAAGACUGCUAGUGAGGUGAAUGCUGCCAUUCUUACCAGUCAGAGCCACGAAAAAGAUCCAAAGCUUCCGAGCUUAUUGAAGAUGCUAACAUGGGUGCAAAAUCAACUCGACGAGAAAGCUGCUUGUCCUCGAAUAAAUGAUUUAUCUACGGGAGCACUUGAAGAUCCUGCUGUUUGAAGGCAAAGACUGACGCUGUCUGUAUGAUACCGGUUUGUCUUUCUGGUGUUGCCAUCUAAAGAAAAUGAUGGAAAACUCAAAAACCAUGUACUUCUGUUUGGAAAACCUUUCAGAUGAUUUAGUGAUUAGCAUAUAUCGUGCUUAUGAAAAUUUGUGAUACACUGGUAGUGUUUAUCCGCGCAGAGUUUGGCCGUUGCUCGUCUAGAGAGUGUAUAUGAUCAAGAUUGUGGAUUUAUUUGUUAUUUUAUGUAAAAUAAUAAACUAGAAAUUCUAGAAUUAUCUUUGAGACAUCCAAAUUCCUAAUUUUACCUUCUUCAGUUCUCUGUCCGAUA